GGUGACGAGAGUUAGUGUUCCUAGAGGUGGUGGUGAGUGGUGGUGUGUGGUGGCUCGUGGUGAUGGUGUGUGGUGUUGCCUGUGUCACUGCAUGUGUUCACUGCUUCUGUUUAAAUAGGUGCGAGGGUUCACCAAUCUGCCGAGCGCUGCCGGAAAGUCCACAGAGAUGAUUGGCCAAGAUGUGAAGAGUGUUUCUCCUGUUAGUAAUGAGUCAACCCUCCAAUUAUCAACAGAGGCGCCACACAUACCCACAGGAUAAGAGAGGAAGGGGAUAAGAGAAUCGUGGCAUCAUCAAGGCCACCACAGCACCACAGCACCAUAGGAAAGCCACACCUCCCCAUGCCCUCCCCACACCCUCCACCUCAAUGUAUCACCGAGUCUGUGGCAGUGAUUCAGGAAGGUGAAGACACGACACAGGGAUACGAAUGCUGUGGUCAAAAAAUGGUUAAAAGUCCGCCGUGAAGUAGGCAGCCGCCAGUGCAUCACUGGCUCUCUCCAUGCAUCUUGGAACAUGUGCAUCAUGAUAUACACGGCCAACAGACGUGCAAGCGAUUCCAAUGUCCCGCCAAAGUUGAGGUGACGCCAGUCAGCUGAGAGAAGUAAACAAACACCGAGGCGGAGUCUGCCACCCUAGCACACCGCCACACUGCGUCCCUGCCACACUGAGCCUCUCCCUCUCACCUCACCAGGCACAUUGACUUUCCCAACACUGCGAGAUGAGUGGGAAGAGUCUGCACGAGAGGGAAGGAGAGGAAACUUGAUAUAGUGAAAAAUAGUGAGGAAGCAGAUUGUGAGCACACCCAAGAAAGAGAGAGACAGAGACAGAGAUAGCACAUACAAGUAACAAGACAGGCUGAGAGAGAGAGAUAGAAAGUUAGAGGAAGCAAGCAAGUGAAAGAGAGCAAGCAACAAACAAACCCAGGCAAGGCAAACCAAGGCAAGGCAUACACAAUGAUGGCAACGCUGGACAGUGAAGAGCGUCUUUCCUGCACCGAACACAGUGUCAUGCUGGCCAACAGUCUCUACCACCUGUACACACAAUCGUCGCUCCUUGAUGUGCGUCUGGUGUGUGAGGAAGUGCACAUCUACGCACACAAGGCAGUCCUGGCCGCUGGGAGCAAGUUUUUCCAGGAGCGGCUACAGUCUCUAGGGUCCGGAAUGGUGGAGCUGCAGAUGUCGAGUGCUAAUCUUGGGGUUCUCAUUUCCCCUGGUGAACUCCGAGCAUUAGUUGAAUACCUGUACUGCGGUGAGCUUCUUGUCCCUCGUCACCGCCUGUCAAACAUCGUCGCUCUGGCACGCUCCCUGCAGGUGUUUGGCUUUCUCACCGACACCCAGAGCUACUUGGCCGGCCCUGACCCACAAUUCCUCCCUGAAAUGAACUACAUCUCUGUGGAGCCUUCAGUGCUAGAGCUCCCUGCUACACAGUGCACUCGUCUCCAGCCCCCUACAGCAGAGGAGGCUUGUGGGGAGCUUGUGGGUGGUGGUAGUGGAGUCAGUGGGGGUAGUGUCUCUCUGCCACUGGUCAGUAUGAAGCCCCAUGACCCCACACUGCUCCAGGACCCGCCAAAGUACUCAGAGCCACUCAAGAUUGAUACCAAUGUGAAUAUUUUGGGUCCCACAUCCAGUAUUUCUUUCAGUGAGUUGUGUAUGGCGCCAGGUCUUGAUGGGGAUGCCCUCAGUACUCCUUGUGGCCAGGCCAAGCACUGCAGCGCCCCAUCAGUGUUUGAGAGCUCAGUGUUGGAAGAGGCACCAAGUUUGAAGGGAAAGUACACACAGGAGUCUUGGGAAGCGUACAGCAAGCCAGAUCGCGAUGUUGUCUACACUGGGACUGUCCUGAACUUAAGAGGCGACAGUGAGGGUGGUGAUGAGAGGUGUGGUGUCGCAGGGGUCAGAGAGCAUCACCAGCACCACCAGCAUCACCAGCAUCAUGUCCCAGCGCCACAGUUGUCUCUGCCUCCCGCGUUUCCAGCUGGGUCACGUCAAGAGCUGCAUAUGAAUCAGUGUUUGGUGGAGGGAGAGGCUGAUGAUGCAAGCAAUACUGUCAUGUUUCUGGAGCCUCUGUGGGGAGAUGCGUCAAGUCCAUCUGGCGUUGACCUGGACAACAUUCUGCGCAGUGACGACAUGAAGGUGCUUGGUGAGCGGUGGGUGCGCGCCCGCCGCCCCUCCAGAGUGCGCCUCAAGGUCAAGGACAGCAUUGGCGGUGUCUCCCUCCAGGACACCUCCCAGCGCCAGUCUGCAGGGGCUGCCGCUGCCGCCGCUGCUGCUGCUGCCGCUGCUGCUGCUGCUCCAACAUCCUCCACCCUUCCUGCUGCCAGUCCUGCAGAGGAAGCGAGUGCUAAUGAAAACAAGGAAAGUUGGAUGGUGGUGCUCCCUGACUCCCGCCCCCCAGUCCUCCCCCACCUGGCUGACCCCUCCUCCCUCCUACAGGCCCCUCCACCACAGCCAGUCCCCCCAGACCCACUCACGCAGGUCCCCGUAGACACCCCUCCCUUCCAUGUCCAGGGCCCUACCACACAGUCCCUGGCUAACCCUGUGCCUCUCAUCACCUCCCCCAUGCCUCUCGGUGCCUCCCUGCUGGCCCAGAGUUCAUGUCCCAGUAAUGUCCCAGUAGCCAACACCAGCUCCCUGUUUGGCCAGUCACCGCUGCCUAACCCGGCCACUCCACUCCUCACACAGUCCAGUAUUAUUGCUCCAUAUCUCCAGCCAUCUGUUCUCUCCACUGCUGUCAUGAACCAGGCUGAGCUGUCUCACCUCCAGCACCCUCUCUCGGCCGUCCCCCUGCAGGCAGUGUCCGUGCAGCCCUUAGAAACAGAGGGGCCACUUCACUACUCCCCUGUUCCUGUCCCUCAGUCCAACAGUUCAGUCUUCACACAGCCGUCGCUCUCUCUGUCUCUCCCUCACCACUUUAUCCACCACCACACGCCAGCUGCCUCACCACCACAGCCCCUGCCUCUGCCUGCCUCCACACACACACCACACAUACCACACACACCACACAGGCCUCCUCCCCUGCCACUACCACCCUGCUGCCUUCUCUUAUCCAGCCAUGCCCUGUCUCCCAUGCUGGUCUUCCUUCCUCCUCAUCCUCCUCCCCUUCCAUAUCUGGGGAGGAUAUGCUCUCACAGAUAUCAGACUCCCCACCCUGAGGCACCCUCACAAGCACCCCAGCCCCCCAAUCCCCUGCCGUUAGACCCCCACCGUGCCUCCCCAUCUCCUUGCCAGCUCCCCAUCCCCUCCCCUGUCACCUCCUGGCCUCACUCCCCUGUCACCACCACUACUACUGUAACCACCACCACCACCACCUUGCCAGACUCACCCCUCCCUGUCCCUGUGUCCCCCCCAUCACCUCAGUCACCCCCAGGCACUCCAGAGCACACCACCACCUCCUCAAGAACGUCCACCACCAUCACCACCACAAGAAGAGAAAAUGCUGUCUUGUCAACCACCACAACUACUACCACCACUACCACUGCCACCACCACCGCCACCGCCUUGCCGCCUAGUCCUGGGUCGCCCGAGGAGGAAGAACGUGAGGGAGAGCAGGCGAGCCACACAUGUUCUCAGUGCUCUAGAACCUUCUGCAAGAUGGACAGGCUGACUCUGCACCUCUGGGAAGAACAUGAGAUUGGAACAGUGGCUAAAUGCCAGUUGUGCAGCUUUACCAGUCCCCUGCAGAGCUCAUUGGUGAAGCACGCAGCCACACACAUCACCAAGGAGAGGCGAGUGUGUGCGAUCUGUGGCAAGACCUUCAAAACACGUGCCACAGUUCGCACUCACCUGAGAAAUCACUGUGGCGAAGAGGUCAUGUAUAAAUGUGGAUUCUGCCCCAUGAUGUACAGUCAGAAGUUUAACCUGGUGAAGCAUUUAGCGUCCAAGCACCAGCGUGAUCCUGAGGGGCAGCCGCUCACCAAGACCCUGCAGUGCCCUCAGUGUGUCUUCACCACCCUGGCUGACUACAAGCUCAAGGCACACAUUAUUCGCCGCCACACACUGAACAAGCCUUUUAAGUGUGACCUGUGCCCCUACGCCACCACAGAGAAGACAGCGCUCACUAAACACACCCGCACACACACCAAGGAGCGGCCUUAUGUGUGUGAGACCUGUGGCUUCCACGCACCCACCCUCAGCAGUCUGUGGCGUCAUCGCAGGAGCCACACGGGGGAGAAACCCUUUGAGUGUGAGCAGUGUGGCCAGCAGUACGCCGACUCCAAGCGCCUCAGAGACCACAUGUACAAGCACAACAAUGUUAAGCCCUUCAUGUGUCACCUCUGUGGCUACACCUGCAGGAGGAGAGACAAUCUGCAGACGCAUGUUAAGAAGAUCCACAAACUGCAGGACCUCAAUGGCUCAUCCCUGCAACACUCAGGAAAGGGCAGGAAGGGAAAGGAAGGACAAGUACCCCAGCCUUCUUCUGACACACCACGGCCACCCCCAGCCAUCCUACAGCCUUCACUGGGGGUCAAGGAGGUACAGGAGGGGCAGGAAGGGGUAAAGCCAAGGGCAUGGUGUGUUCCUGAGAGUGGAGACAGUGGAGGCAUCACCGUGGUGGAGCAGGGUGGUGGUAGUGGUGGUGGAAGACAAGAGGGGGAAAUAAUUGAAAGAGCUUAGGGUUUGUUAGUUCUCUCUCUCUCUCUCUCUCUCUCUCUCUCUCUCUCUCUCUCUCUCUCUCUCUUCAAUAUCUUACUUAAUACACUCUACUUAUAAAUUUGCAUCAGAAAUCCUUCAUUUAUAUAUUUGCAACACACACACACACACACACACUCCUAAGAUCUUUGUACUAUGGUAGUGUGAGGAGUGGUGGUGAUGUAGCAGUGGGAGGCAGUUGUGAGAAGAGGUUACCAGUUGCCUCCUGUUUACACAAAGUGAUACCAAAGAAUGUAUACUUUAAUCUAUUUAGAUAAAUCCUUUGAUAAA